CACAUGAUGCACCCUAGACAACGACCCCCAUGCCAGUGUGUAGGUGUCUGUAAGUUAGGGUGUGCGAGCGCAACUGCAAAACAUAGAAACAGAUAAAAAAUGUUUUUUUGACUGACAGAAUAAAUUGCAGUUAUUUGCCAAAUGAGUUAAGGAUUUAUUUCCGGAUAUACUGGUGGGAUCAACUUGAAAUGGUUGCCAGAUAUGUGUUUGACUGCUGAACCCUGUUUAAAGUUUCAGUGAAAAGCUUACUGUGUGGUAUGACACUUGUUUACACAAGGGAGGUAAGAAAUAUUUGUAAUAGACACAAAAUAUAAUAUAUAUAGGGCUAUGUCAAGAAUUUAUUGUCCAAUAACAACUACAAAUAAGUUAGAUAGUUUAACUAUGACCAACUAAAACAAGAAAACAUUUUCAAAAUGACUUUUGAAAACUGGUAUGUUAUUGCGAUUAAAGAGAGAAAUAUCAAAUCCAUUGUGCUGAAGAAAUUAUUCAACCGAAAUAUAACCUUUAAAAUGUGGUAAAUGGUUUUUGUUGUUUUUACAGAACUUUUUUUUUGUUUUUUGAUAUGUGGCAUUUAUUUAAAUGUCCAGCCUAUAGGUCUACCUGGCAACCCUGCAGGGCAGGUAUUGUAUGUUCGAGCAGUCAAUCACGGAACGGCCUUAAAGACUUUUUCUAGUUGUUUAGUCUUACAAGCCCAGAACGUACUCUCUUGGAUACGGAUACCUUGGUAUGUAACUUAUUUAUCUUUUGCCACAGUUUACAUUAUAUUGUCAUAUAAUAAUACUUAAGUAUUUGGUUAUGUACAAUUGACGAUGUAGUCAGGCUAACGUUAGUGAGAAAUGUUUAGUGAUAUUACGCUCUGGGAUCAUUGUUGUUCAAGUUUUUUUUAUUCUUAUAGCUAAAGCUACCAUGGCAUUUUAAAACACCUACGCUACUGAUUGUUAUAGUUAGUAUAAUUAGAUAUGAAUUUUUACGCGUUGACAGUGCUCUACGUAACAACAGCAUGGCAGCAAUGACUUUGAACAUUCACUUUGAGCACCAUUGUCACUGUAAAAGCGGAGGUUUGAUUUGUGGAUUUUAUGCCCCAGAAAGUUGAUAAAAACUAACUGGUAUGUGAACAUAAAUGUAGCUACAGUUUUUAAUAGCUGAAAGCCAAAUGUUGGUUUAUUUACGUUUUCAUGUAGUGAUAUUGACUCUACAACACAUAGAUUGUUUUAAUCCCAAACUUAGUGGUUGGGUACCUUAUUCAUCCUACCUACUAACAAUAACUUUUUUUCUUAUGUGACUUCAGUAUAUGUACAGGGUCUCACCUCUUUAGCUGUCGUCUACUCACUUUGGAAAAUGGAAGGUUCACAUUUACAUCAGAGUUAUUCUGAUGUUGAUUCAUUUCUUGCCUGUGCUGCACCUCAGUGUGUUUUCUGUGAAAAAAAGGAACUUGGAAAUAGUGGUCACCUUUUCAGAAAGCACCUGAGAGAAGCUAUUUAUUUUUCUGACAACAAUCAAGGUACUGCAUCAGAGAAAAAUCGAGUAGUAAUUAAUUACUUUUUUUUUGCAGAAAAGUCUGAGACGUUGAAAAGAAAAAAUGAAGAUACCACUGAUGAUGCCACAGAGAACACAGACAACUCCAGUGCAGCCCAUAGUGCUUGUCCACACUGCACAGCAUUGUUAAGCACACCCAAAAACUUGCAAAGGCAUAUUAGGGAUGUGCAUUUAAUGGAAACCACGCCUAUGAUUUGUGUGGACAUUAGAAAUGAGCUCUAUGUCACUCCAAAACAGAACCACUGUCCAGUUCUACCAAUCCAUGUUGUGAAGUCAACCAACCCACCUAAACUCGACUUGAGGUUGAAAGGUGUCACAAACAAAGUAUGCAAAACCCUAUAUCAAACCAGCAGUCCUCACAUCUGCUUCACACUGCAAGACAUGCUUAGCAAAGGGUUGAUGUCCUCUGACUGGGGUUUAAAAUGCGAGCAAAUGGAUAUUGAAGCAAAAAACAGUGAAGUUGACAGUGUGUUCCCUGUUUCAUUUGGAGAUAAAGGACAAUCUCAACGAUGUUUUUUUUUUUCCGUCUUCACAAAUGAAGCAGACAGCUGGUGCCAGUUUGGAAGGACAAGAGUAAUGUUUGACGCAGUGGCAGGGAAGUGGAACUGUCAAUGUAGGGGAAGUGGAAAAUCACAUUGUAUGAUGGCAAUAUGGUGGAUUUUCCAAGAGUCCCCAGGUACACUCAUGGCCACGUCUGACGUACAGGUAGAGGACAUUGAUGACUUAGAAAGUCACAUGGUGGACGGUGGCAUCUCUUCUGUACCAAACAGUCUGAACACUCAAAAUAUCUGUGUAAUGACAGAAUACUUUUAUAGACAAAAGCGGAUCCCAUCCCUACAACAGUUGCCCUUUAAGCUUAGAACCCAGGAGGAAACACCACCACCAUCCUUUUUUCCCACAGAAAGUACCUGUCCCUACUGUCCAGGGCCCACUCCUCCAGAACUCAGUCCCUCCAAAGUAGUGACUUCACAAGCCAUGAUGUAUGGGAUCAAUUAUGUGAAAAAAGGUAUCUCUGUUGCCGAAAAACAAUGCCCAACAUGUGGUAACGUUGUGCGAUUCCAAGAAUAUGCCUCUGGAUUCCACAAGUUUAACAAUAAUGUUUUCCUUACGCUUCCAUUGUGUGAGCUUCUGCAGUCUGCUUAGGCGAACAAGACAACCAGUGGACGCAGGCUGGAGAGUGUAUAGUUUUUCAACGACAACCGCUACCAUCAUCAAACAGUUAGAAGAGCUUUUCAUCAUUUUUUUGUCACUAACAAAUUUUCAGUUUGAGUUUUCAUGUUAUCAAUGUGGGUACCACCCACCUGUUGUAGUAGCGGAUGCCAACUGGCAACUGGCCUUUGAUAUACCACGUAAGAAACUAUGUGUAAUCUGCAGUUCAUACAUUGAUAAUAUCGAAAUGUGUUGAAAUGACCCAAAUGCAGUCGCUUAUCAUCAUGACUACCAAUUCCACCACUAUCUCCGAGCCUGUCCAAGUGAGUACAGUGGAGUUUUAUGCGCUUCUCUGUGGAUGGCUUUGCUAUUGCCACACCGGAGCCUGGUCGGUCAGCCAACCAUUACGGUUUCUCAUCGUGCUUCAAGGCUAUGCUAAAUUAAUCUUUGGCCAUUUCUGGAUACGCAGAUGGGAAGUGGCAUUGUCGUUGUUUGUGUCCUAUCUUUUGGGAAGGGUCAGUGUUGACUGGAGGAGAAGCCUGAUGGUAUCAUUGUGGCUUUGUAUCGACACCAUUGCUUUAGUGCUUGAGAUACUGCUGAGUGGACCCCAUUCCACCCGUCGCACACCUGCUAAGAUAGUUACUGCAAUAAUGGAGGCACUCUUAGCUUUUGGCGUCAUCGCCUAUUUAGGACAAUUAACUCUUUCUCUCUCAAAGGACAAGGCAAAUGGAUUUGGCUCACAAAAUUAGCUAGCUUGGGGACUUGGAGCUUAGGAUGGGGAGUACUCUCUCUCCUUUAUUGGCUGCAAUUCACUUCUGAUCUAGCCAUUAUGGUUUGGCUUAUGACCUAUGCAGCUUUCUUCCAUUACUCAGCUGCAUCCCCCGAUGCCUUGUCGAGUGACACUCAACCUCCACCUUUUCACUCCCCUUGGCUGGCCGCCCAGAGACGGAACAGAGAAGUAGUCUAGCACUACAGUCUGAUUUUCGCCCGCUAGAACGCAUGCUUCUAUGAUUAGUUAAUCUCUUCAUUUAGUUUUUAACCCUGGAGGUGAUUAUCCAGGGUCAACAUUAUGUUCCGGAAAAAUCCACUUACAGGCCUCUAAUAUAUCUCUCCAGGAAACAGUCUCCUGUUCCAGAUGUGGAAUUUCAGCCUCAGUGCUCAGAUACCUCUGGGUCACGCCUGAGGCGCACUGGUGUCACCACUGUCUCUCUAUCGCUGUCAACUAUGGUACAGUGACAAGUGUUUUCUGCAUUGAGGGUCUUGGAGAUCUUCCCUAUAUCUCCAUGACCAUGAGCCAAAAUCUUCAGACACGAUACAAGGUGACCUGGACAUCGGCCUUUGGGGCAGCUGCACACACUUUUAGGAUAAAGACACAGCAAGGGGGAAUGUAUCUCCCCAUCAUCAGUUACAUCUAGA